AGAAGAGGGAAGAACAUGACGCACACGACGACGACCACUUCCAUAAUCAAAUUUCGUUUUCUUUCUUAGCUUCUUGCCAGCCAACCAGAGAUCCCCGUCGCCGUCUCUCUCUCUCCCUCUCUAAUAAUUACCAAUCUCCAAGGAAUCAUUAUUGUAAUUAUACUUGAUCAAUAAUUAUUCAAAUCUCUCUGUAAUUAUUUAUGAUAUAAAUCCUCCAACACCCUCCAUUGCUGGCUGAGCUUGUUUUGUAAACCCAUGAGCUGGUGGUCAAGUUUGAAAAGUUCAGAACUUUGGGUUGUAGAUCAUGUUUUCUAACCAGAAAUGGAAGUGCACAUGGUCUCAGAUAGCCACCCUCGCCUCUGUCAUCGUUCUGGUCUCACUGGUUCAUAUCUUUCUUGGACCUGUGGUGCCUUCUUUUGAUUCCGUUAGUGUAAGGCAAGCUCAGAGUCUUUGUGGACCGGUUAAUGAAUCAAUCACUCAAGUGACUAAGAACUCAAGUGAACCAGCUGUUGACUUUGAUCGCCGGUUUCCUGCUGACUUACACGGUGCUGUAGUGUAUAGAAAUGCCUCAUGGAAAAGUGAGAUCGGUCAGUGGCUUUCUAGCUGUGAUGCAGUUGCUAAAGAAGUUGACAUUAUUGAACCAAUUGGUGGGAGGAAGUGUCUGAAUGAGUGUAGUGGUCAAGGUGUUUGUAACCAUGAGUUUGGGAUUUGCCGUUGCUUCCAUGGAUUUACUGGCGAAGAUUGUUCACAAAAGCAGCAGUUAGAAUGCAACUAUGAGAAAACACCUGAGAUGCCAUAUGGUCGAUGGGUUGUUUCCAUUUGUUCUAGACACUGUGAUACCACAAGAGCCAUGUGCUUCUGUGGAGAAGGCACCAAAUAUCCAAAUCGUCCAGCUCCAGAGUCAUGUGGUUUUCAAAUCAACUCGCCUGUGAAUCCUGGAGAACCUAAAAUGACAGAUUGGUCUAAACCAGACUUGGACAUUUUAACAACAAACAGUAGCAAACAAGGAUGGUGCAAUGUGGAUCCGGAAGAUGCAUAUGCUAUGAAAGUGAAAAUCAAAGAGGAAUGUGACUGUAAGUAUGAUUGUCUUUGGGGACGGUUCUGCGAAGUGCCUGUACAAUGCACCUGUGUUAAUCAGUGCUCUGGACAUGGCAAAUGCAGAGGAGGUUUCUGCCAGUGUGAUAAAGGCUGGUUUGGAACAGAUUGUAGUAUUCCAUCCACUCUAUCCUCGUUUGGAGAGUGGCCACAAUGGCUUAGACCAGCACAUCUCGAAGUUCCAAGUGAUAAAGAUGUCCCUGGGAACCUCAUUAAUCUAAGUGCUGUUGUGAAGAAGAAGAGGCCUCUUAUAUACGUCUAUGAUCUACCUCCAGACUUCAACAGCUUACUUAUUGAGGGUCGGCAUUUUAAGCUUGAAUGUGUUAAUAGGAUCUAUGAUGACAGGAAUGCAACAGUGUGGACAGAUUAUCUAUAUGGUUCCCAGAUAACAUUGCCGCUUGUAAUUUUGGAGAUGGCAUUCUAUGAGAGCAUUCUGGCAACCGGUCAUCGUACACUGAAUGGUGAAGAGGCAGAUUUCUUCUUUGUUCCUGUUCUUGAUUCAUGCAUUAUAAACCGUGCUGAUGAUUCACCUCACCUUAGUAUGCAGAAUCAUACUGGGUUAAGAAGCUCACUUACCUUAGAGUUCUACAAAAGAGCUUAUGAACACAUCGUUGAGAAAUAUCCAUACUGGAACCGUUCAUCUGGGAGAGACCAUAUUUGGUUUUUCUCAUGGGAUGAAGGUGCUUGCUAUGCUCCUAAAGAGAUAUGGAAUAGCAUGAUGCUUGUUCAUUGGGGUAACACAAACUCUAAGCAUAAAAAUUCAACAACAGCUUACUGGGGUGAUAACUGGGAUGAGAUAUCUCAAGAGAGGAGAGGAGAUCAUCCUUGCUUUGACCCUAGCAAAGAUCUUGUGGUUCCUGCUUGGAAAGUUCCUGAUCCACUCUCCAUGCGUGCUAAUUACUGGGAUAGGCCACGGGAAAAGAGGAAAACGUUGUUUUACUUCAAUGGGAAUCUUGGACCUGCUUAUGAAAAGGGAAGGCCAGAAGAUUCGUACAGCAUGGGAAUCAGGCAGAAGCUAGCAGAAGAAUUUGGCUCAAGCCCUAACAAAGAAGGGAAGCUCGGGAAGCAGCAUGCAGACGAUGUCAUUGUCACUCCAUCUCGUUCUGACAACUACCACAACGACAUAGCCUCUUCAAUCUUCUGUGGUGUGUUCCCUGGAGAUGGUUGGAGUGGUCGCAUGGAAGAUAGUAUCUUACAAGGAUGCGUCCCUGUCAUCAUUCAGGAUGGAAUCUACUUACCUUAUGAGAACAUGCUCAACUACGAAAGCUUUGCAGUUCGUGUCAGCGAAGAUGACAUUCCAAAUCUCAUAAACACUCUCCGAGGAUUCAACGAGACAGAGAUAGAAUUCAGACUAGCUAAUGUGAAGAAGCUCUGGCAAAGAUUCUUGUUCCGAGACUCCGUCUUGCUUGAAGCAGAAAGACAGAAAGCUAGUUUUGGACAUGAAGAUGACUGGGCUGUUCAGUUCUCUAAACUGAAACACGACGAUGUCUUUGCUACUUUCAUUCAAACUCUGCAUUACAAGCUACACAAUGAUCCAUGGAGACGAGAGCAAGUAGUGAACCGGACAAAAGAUUACGGUUUGCCUCAAGAGUGUCUCCAAAAUACAAGCUGAUCAAAGCUGGAACUUUGGAAGUAAAUACAGAUAUACCUGGCAGAAUCAUUCGUAUACACAUUAUUUUUGAAAAGGAAUAAUCAAUCACAUCAUGUUUAGUUCUUUGGCUUCUUGCCUUCUGUUUUUUUAUAGUUUAGACCGGUUUUAGUCUCGGUUGAUGACUCCAACUAGAAAUUAUGAAUUAUUCAAUUGGGUUUCGGUUUAGUUGGUUUUGGAGCCAAUUUUGUAUGGAUCGGUUUGACUAAAUAUAUUUGUUAUACCAUCAAAAUCAUAUCAUAUGUUUAAUUUAGUUUA